GAUGGAAACCAAGGGUAAAAAGAAGUUCGUGGGGAAAAGGGGAAAAGCACCUUACGGAAAAGUGCCACAUGGACAGAGGAAAUUUAAAAAAGAUAAUGAUUCAGGUCCACCAAAGAAACUCCUCAAAAAAAGAGAUGAGGAGGGAAAGCCUAAAUCCAUUUCCAAGAAAUUUGUGAAAGGACAGUUAAGAGCUGGGAUAGCUACUGUCAAACAGUUCAAGAAUAAACAGCAAUCAGAAACGUUUGCAAAGAAGAGGAAACUCCAGGAUGGAGAAGAGGGAGGGUCGGAUCCUAAGAAGCCGAAGUGGAGUGACUUCAAAAAGAAAAGGAAGGAAUUAAAGCAAACCAGACAACUUAAUGAUAAAAAUAAUUAUGACUUAAUUGUGAAAUCAAAGCAGAUAUGGGAAAGUGUGAGAAGGAAGAAAUGUGAUAAGGAGAAGCGAGAGAAGCUCAUGAAUGACCUACAGAAGCUUCUUCAUGGAAAAAUUAAAAGUCUGGCAUUUGCACAUGAUUCGACUCGAGUGAUCCAGUGCUUUAUUCAAUAUGGUAAUGAGAAGCAAAGGCAAGAGACAUUUGAAGAAUUGAAAGAUAGCUUAGUAGAGUUGAGCAAGUCAAAAUAUUCCAGAAAUAUUGUGAAGAAGUUCCUUAUGUAUGGGACAAAACCACAAGUUGCAGAAAUAAUAAAAAGUUUCAAAGGCCAUGUGAAAAAAAUGCUCCGUCAUGCUGAAGCAUCUGCUGUAGUGGAAUAUGCAUAUAAUGACAAAGCCAUUCUGGAGCAGAGGAAUAUGCUGACAGAAGAACUAUAUGGGAACACUUUCCAGGUUUACAAGACACCAGUUGUCCCGACACUGGGUAAAGUAUUAGAAGCUCAGCCUGAAAAGAGAGAGGCCAUCUUGGAUGAAAUGAAACAGAUUCUUACACCAAUGGCACAAAAAGAGGCUGUGAUAAAACACUCACUGGUACAUAAAGUAUUUUUGGACUUCUUCACCUACACUCUUCCGAAACAAAGAUCUGAAAUGAUAGAAGCUAUCAGAGAGGCUGUCAUCUAUCUGGCACACACUCAUGAUGGAGCCCGAGUAGCGAUGCACUGCUUAUGGCAUGGUACUCCCAAG